AUGAUAAGAAGAUCAUCAUUUGAUGAAAGUGAUGCAAAGAUCUCAGUUAAAACGCAUGUUGAUGAUGAAAUUUUGAAACUCGGACGAAAAGGUCUCCUUCCUCGAUUGGAUGAAACUACUAUGAAAAAUGAGAAGCAUGAUGAAGUAGAAGCAGAAGAGGAAGAAACUGGAGGAGGAGGAGGAGAAGAAGACAAGCAGCAUGAAGAGGAAGAGGUAGUUGAAGACGACAAGCAUGAAGAGGAAGAACCAGAAGACAACACCACCGAAGAGAAAGAAGAUGAAGGGAGAGAAGGUGCGGAUGAUGAGAUAGACGAGCAUGAUCAAGAGAAAUCUGAGGUGGAGGUUGAGCGUGAGGAGGGUGGAAUAGAAACCAAACCGCAUUUAACUGACGCUCAAAAUGCUACAGUAGGAGAUGUUGCUCUGGGACAAGAAAGCAAUUCUUACGCAGCUUCCAAUAACAAUCAGUCUGACUCUAAUUCAAUGAUUUCCAGUAAUACUGAAAACACAGAGGAAAAUACCGAUGCAACACUGAAUGAGAAGUCAGACACCGACAAUGGAACAGAUGAAAGCUCAGACGAACCAGCCGAAACUGAGAAUGCAAAUGAAGAUCAGCAUGAUCCUAUUGAUUCUUCUGAUUCUUCCAUUUCCUUGGAGAAGGAUGUUCGCAAUGACCUUGAUCCUUGUGCCUGA